AAACCCGUCGUUUAUCCGCGUCAUUCGACGUCGGCGGCCAUUUUGACCGGACGAUGAACUACACGUGCGACGAUUGUUCUGUCACGGAUAUAUUGUGCAAUGGAGAUAGCGUGCUAUCCGCGGGGAGGGUAUCCGUUAUCCGGGUUACUAAUAUGAUCAGUUUUAAUUUUCCUAGAUUCGAAGAUAGCCACGCGUGUGUCUACAUGGGAUUUUUCAAAAUUAAAAAUAAAUUUUUGAAGAAAGUAUUAGCUGUUAUUGACAAUAACUCUCCUGCCGUGACUAUCCCAGAAGUGGUGACAGUGCAAGCACCAAAAAUUGGUGAGCAGUUCCAGCAGGAUGUGCCUUAUAGUUGUAGUGAAUGUGUUGUUGAUAAGGUAUUUGUCAAUGGUAUACCUCUUGAAACAGCUUACCGGCGAAGCUCUAUUGGAUCUGUUGCAUUCUUUUCAGCAUCGCCAACAGAAAUAACCAUAAGUAUAACAGAAUAUACGACGACUUAUGAAGGGGUGUAUCAAGCUGUGUUUUCAGUUGGCUCGGAGAACGUCACAAAAACCAUUAUGGAGAUACGGGAUGGUACAGAAGAAACAGUACAAGAAGCAACUACUGUAGCUAGUACCCUGGCUGUAGCAGAUACUACAGUUGCCACUGAAGAAGCUACCACGGCAGCUGCAGCUGCCUAAAGAAGACAGAAUACUAGGAGAUUAUUA